CCGUGCGCGCUCGGGGCGGCGGCAGGGGAAGGCGAACCGGGGCCGGGCGGAACCGUGGGAUUUGUGCCGCUCGGUGCCCGCUGCCAGCCCGAGCUGCGCCCGGCCGCGCUCCUGAGCCGCGUUCAAAGUGCAGACACGGCCCUGGUUUCUUGCAGGUGUCCCCGCGGAGCGGAGGGUUCGUGACGCGCUCCACGUGUCGCGGAGGUUUCCCUGAGGAGCGGCUCUAAUCGCAGUUUGCGUCAUUAAAAACCAAAGCCUUUCCUCAAGCUGACUGACACCUCAGUGAAACACUUCGCUCCGCUCGCAGAAUUAGCCAGCCAUGGUGCUCACGAGCGUGGGAAAGAUGGUUGGCCUCCAGAAGAAGGCGUCCGGCAUCAGGAAUAUCUGUAUAUUGGCCCACGUGGAUCACGGCAAAACCACUCUAGCAGAUUGCCUUAUAUCUAGCAAUGGAAUAAUCUCCAGCCGCUUGGCAGGAAAGCUGAGGUACCUUGACAGUAGGGAAGAUGAGCAGAUCCGAGGAAUAACAAUGAAAUCUAGUGCAAUUUCACUGCACUUUGUGAAAAGUGAUCAGGAGUAUCUGAUUAAUUUAAUAGACUCCCCAGGGCACGUGGAUUUUUCUUCAGAAGUAUCUACUGCUGUCCGACUCUGUGAUGGUUGCAUUAUAGUGGUGGAUGCUGUUGAAGGAGUCUGUCCACAGACUCAGGCAGUCCUGCGGCAGGCAUGGCUGGAAAAUAUCCGUCCCGUCCUGGUGAUUAACAAAAUCGACCGCUUGAUUGUGGAGCUGAAGCUCACCCCUCAGGAAGCAUAUUUGCACCUUAAAAAUAUCUUGGAACAGAUCAAUGCAGUCACUGGAACACUUUUUACCUCCAAAGUGUUAGAAGAAAGAGCUGAAAAAGAAACAGAAAGUGAAACCCUUUCAGAUGCAUCACCAGGAGAUCAAAUUUAUGACUGGAGUACUGGAUUGGAAGACACUGAUGAUUCACAUCUUUAUUUUUCACCAGAACAUGGAAAUGUGGUGUUUGCCAGUGCAAUUGAUGGCUGGGGUUUUGGAAUUGAACAUUUUGCCAAACUGUAUAGCCAAAAAAUUGGAAUCAAACCUGCAGUACUUCUGAAGACUUUAUGGGGAGAUUAUUAUCUAAAUACAAAAGCAAAGAAGAUAAUGAAAGGUGAUCAGUCAAAAGGAAAGAAACCUUUGUUUGUACAGCUGGUGCUGGACAAUAUUUGGAGUCUGUAUGAGGCUGUUAUGAAAAGAGACAAAGAAAAAAUAGAAAAGAUAGUUACCUCUUUGGGAUUGAGAAUUGGUGCCCGGGAGUCACGGCAUGCAGACCCAAAAGUUCAUCUAAAUGCCAUUUGUAGCCAGUGGCUGCCAAUAUCUGAUGCAGUCCUCUCCAUGGUGUGUAAUAAAAUUCCCAGUCCUCUGGACAUCACGGCAGAGAGAGUGGAAAAGCUGAUGUGUGUUGGAGCAAGAACAUUUGAUUCUUUGCCACCAGAAACUCAGGACCUGAAAAAUGCUUUUAUGAAAUGCAGUAGUGAAGGAACAGCCCCAGUUAUUGUCUUUGUUUCCAAAAUGUUUCCUGUUGAUGCAAAGGCAUUGCCACAGAAUAAACCAAGGCCAUUAACUCAAGAAGAAAUUGCUCAUCGGCGCGAACUUGCCAAACGAAGGCACGCGGAAAAGUUGGCAGCAAGUCAAGGGAAAGAGGUGUCAGAAAAAACCCCAAGUGAAGAGUCACCUGAAGUAACUGGGAACACUGGUGAUACAAAAGGUGAAGAGCAACAGCUCCCUGCUCAAGAAGAUAGUGUGACCUCAAAGGCAGUGAAACAGGAAGCAGACAACAAGGAGUAUUUCAUUGCUUUUGCCAGAGUGUUCAGUGGAGUGGUGAAAAGAGGGCAGAAAAUCUUUGUUUUAGGACCAAAAUAUGAUCCUGCUGAGUCUUUGCAUAAGCUGUCAUCCCAGUGCUCUGCCACUGAUGAUCUGCCAGCAAUCCCUCACAUGACGUGCUGCACUUUGGAGAACCUCUACUUACUUAUGGGAAGAGAGCUUGAAGAUCUUGAGGAAGUGCCUGCAGGAAAUGUUCUGGGAAUAGGAGGCCUGCAAGAUUUUGUGCUGAAGUCUGCAACACUGUCAACGUCACCUGCUUGUCCACCGUUUACACCUCUCAACUUCGAAGCUACCCCGAUUGUGCGAGUAGCAGUUGAACCCAAACAUCCAAGUGAUAUGCCUCAGCUUGUCAGAGGGAUGAAACUUUUAAACCAAGCUGAUCCAUGCGUGGAAGUUCUGAUCCAGGAGACAGGAGAACAUGUGCUGGUGACAGCAGGAGAAGUUCAUCUUCAGCGCUGCUUGGAUGACCUGAAAGAAAGGUUUGCAAAGGUGCAGAUCAGUGUAUCUGCUCCUAUUAUACCCUUCCGAGAGACCAUAACAAGACCUCCCAAAGUCGAUAUGGUGAAUGAAGAAAUAGGCAAACAGCAGAAAGUUGCUGUCAUACACCAAACAAAAGAGGACCAAAAUAAAAUUCCUGAGGGAAUUCAGGUUGAUUCAGAUGGGCUUGUUACAAUUAAUACUCCAAAUAAGCAAGCUACUCUCAGUGUGAGAGCAAUGCCACUCCCUGAGGAGGUAACUCGACUUCUUGAAGAAAACAGUGACUUAAUUCGAACUAUGGAACAACUCAACACAUCUCUGAAUGAAGAUAAAAAAACACAUGAGAUAAAUCAGAAGACUCUUGAUAGAAUCAAAGAAUUCAAGCAAAAGUUGGAGAAAAGUCUUCAGGGAAGAAAGUGGAGAAAUGCUGUUGAUCAGAUCUGGUCAUUUGGACCACGGAAGUGUGGGCCUAAUAUUUUGUUACAUAAUUUUGGGGGCUAUAAAAGAUGUGUGUGGCAGUGCCUUGGGAACUCUGUGAAAGAAGUAGGUAAAUACAGAGACUUUGACAAUAGCAUAGUAAGUGGAUUUCAGCUGGCUACGCUUUCAGGUCCCAUGUGUGAAGAGCCUCUCAUGGGUGUUUGCUUUUCAGUGGAAAAAUGGGAAAUAAAUAAAGCUGGAGAUACUCUGUCAAAUAAUAGGCAGGACUCAGGGGAACUUGAUACCACAGAACAUCAGCAAAAUGAAGAUAAUACUCUAGCAAGCAGUUGCACUGAUGAAGGUCCCAGUGCCAGUGAACACCAGGACAGGAACCAAAGUGGCACAGACUCACCUGAGAAAAUGAGUAAACACAAAGGAGAAUUACCACUUGCAGAUUGUUAUGGCCCUUUCUCUGGACAGCUGAUUGCCACCAUGAAGGAAGCCUGUCGUUAUGCUUUGCAGGCAAAGCCACAGAGACUCAUGGCAGCAAUGUACACGUGUGAAAUCAUGGCUACUGCAGAAGUUUUAGGUCGUGUGUAUGCUGUGCUGUCCAAAAGGGAAGGCAGAGUGCUCCAGGAGGAGAUGAAAGAGGGGACGGAUGUGUUUAUUAUUAAGGCAGUCCUGCCAGUAGCAGAAAGCUUUGGCUUUGCUGAUGAAAUCAGGAAGAGAACCAGUGGCCUGGCCAGUCCACAGCUGGUGUUCAGCCACUGGGAGAUCAUUUCAAGUGACCCGUUCUGGGUCCCAACGACGGAGGAGGAGUAUUUGCACUUUGGGGAGAAGGCAGACUCGGAGAACCAGGCCCGCAAGUACAUGAAUGCAGUGAGAAAGAGAAAGGGGCUCUAUGUGGAAGAAAAAAUCGUGGAGCACGCUGAGAAGCAAAGAACUCUGAGCAGAAAUAAGUAGCUGUGUCUGCCCCCUUUCUCUCCUGAUGUGUGGGUGGAGUAUUUUAUAUGCAGCAGAUGCAAAAUUUCAUCUGGACUUUGUUCUUUGAUACCAUUUUUCUUACAUGCUUUGUCUGUGGCUUAUGUUUUAAUAAACUUAAGCCUUUCCAACUUUUGUACAGAGAAAAUAGUUUAUUUAUUGAAAUAAAAUAGAAGCGUAUUCACUGCAAUUGGUCUCAAUUUUUAAAAUUUAAUGCCCUAUUGAACAUCCUGUCACAAGGAUUAGGAACACCCAAUUCAAUUUGUUUCUUUCUGAUUUUUCAGAUGUAAUUACAGUAAGAGCUGGUUAGCUAGCUUCUCGCAAAUAAACCAUGCACUGAAUUUA